UGCUACAUUAUUUCUUGACGAAUCACUGUUGUCUAAUGUCUCUAAAUUAUGACAAUAAUUCUUUUGUCAAUUCACAAUUGUCAAAUAUCAACGAAAGACGUAGCUGGUAACAACAAACAUAAAAUUUUAUACACAUAGCCAAUAGUCGAUAGAGAAAAUGGGACGGAAAAUUCCUGCUAAAAAACACCGAGGAGUUAAAGAUCCUUUAAUACAGCAAGCUAGACGAUUACAAAGUUUAAAAGGCAAAAUCAACGCUCCUCCCAAGGACCCCGAUGAACAACCGGUGCCCCGCUCACUGACGCAACUAUUCGCGUUUCAAAAUAAAAACCAAGAUUUAGUAAAAAAAAAGGAAAAGAAAAAUUGUUCUACGAAUGCAUCAAUAAAAACAAGUGCAGGAGGAAAUCCCAUCUCCAAAUUGAAACAGUUGCCUGGUGAAACCGGUCGGGGCUUCUCUCUUCGUAUAAACAGUGCAAUCCGUGCUCUGAAUGAACCAACAGAUCACUUGGACUACCCUAUGCUGCAGGAAGAGGACCGCGAGGAUGGGAGAGGGGCGUUCAUGGAAGACUGGAGAGAGAGAAGGAGACAAAAAAAGAAGAAAGAUGGCAACCAGCAGCAGGAGCCGAGGCUCGGGCGAGUACAGAGACUAGCAGUUAAGAAACAGGAACGAAAGAAGGCGAAAGAGGAGGCGUCGCGUCCGGAGCUGGUGUACGAGCGCGUGUCGUUCGGGGAAGUGACGCACGCGCCGCCUGCCCUGCCGCCGCCCAGACACGGGAAGACGACAGGCGGCGCACAGAGACCUGGUCGACGACAACUCCUCCUCACAGGGAUCCUUACGGGGGCCGCAGGGGCGGCGGGGGGCGGCGCCGAGAUCAGGGAGAAGGAGAGAAGGGAGCAGGCUCGACUUGACGUGGUGGCCGCGUACAGGACUAUCAAGAAACAGAAGCGGCUGGAAGCGAACAAGACGCGGACACGAGGCAAGAAAGUAGACUCAUGAAGAUACUUGACUAUAGUGUUUUAAUAAAACUGUACCCACAGA